GCAAGGACCUGUCAACUUCCGGCGGCCAUAUUGCGGUGAGACAGCGAGUUUUGGUUGUAUUUCACGAUGAUAUCCUCUCAGAGUUACGGAGAUAAUGGCAAAAUGAAGGAGUAUCACUACACGGGACCAGUGGAGCACAAAUUCUCCCCCUAUGCUUUCAACGGAGGGACUGUGCUGGCUGUGGCUGGAGAAGACUUUGCUCUCGUGGCUUCAGACACACGUUUGAGUGAGGGAUACAGCAUCCACAGCCGCGAUUCCCCAAAAUGCUACAAACUGACAGACACAACUGUGCUUGGAUGCAGUGGUUUCCAUGGUGACUGCUUGACUCUAACCAAAAUCAUCGAGGCGAGACUGAAGAUGUACAAGCAUUCAAAUAAUAAGAUCAUGACAAGCGGGGCCAUCGCAGCCAUGCUCUCAACUAUUCUAUAUGGCAGGCGCUUCUUCCCUUACUAUGUGUACAACAUCAUCGGCGGUCUCGACGAGGAAGGUCGAGGUGCGGUUUACAGUUUUGAUCCAGUUGGAUCAUACCAGAGAGACACUUACAAAGCAGGUGGUUCAGCAAGUGCAAUGUUGCAGCCGCUUCUGGACAACCAGAUCGGAUUCAAGAACAUGGAGAAUGUGGAACAGCUGCCCCUGAGCCAAGAGAAAGCCAUACAGCUGGUGAAGGACGUGUUUAUCUCUGCUGCUGAGAGAGAUGUCUAUACAGGAGAUGCUCUCAAGUUAUGCAUCAUCACCAAGGAAGGCAUCCGAGAAGAGAUUGUGCCCCUCAGGAAAGACUGAGAUGAUGCCUUGCCAAAACUAGCCUGUUUGUGUUUUUCUCAAGUUGCAACUUUCAAUCCACUGUUCUUUUUAUAUUUCUAUUCAAGAAUAAAUACAUGCAACCAGUA